AUGUCCAACCCAAGCGGAUGUCUUUUAUGUCUAAUCGCUUACACUGACUUCCCACCUGCUAAAUCAGAAUUCCACAAACCAACCCCAACAGACUGUUUGGAUUGUCAGAUAUCACUUGGUUUUCCAGUAGCUUUAAGCAUAACAUUGGAAUUUAUUUUAACCGGUACGUUGGCAUUAAAUCCGCAUAUAUCUUAUGAUAUUACAAUUGCGCAAAAUACACAAAAUAAAUCCGUUUAUGAUACUACUGGAGUUCUGUCAAUUAAUUUUGAUAUUUAUGUACAAGGAACACUAGGAAUUAUUGUAAAAGGAGUCAGGAUUGGACCAUCACUCGACUCACCGUCAAUUACAUUGUUACAUUUAACAAAGCCAGUUUUCUCCAAUAUAUUCUGUAAGUACAUAAGUUUUAAUGAAAAAAUGUCGAAAGAUCGUGCUUGUAAUACCACAAGUUGA